GACGGAAAUAGGACGAUGGCAGAAUUUGUGGUGCCGGCGAGAAUGGAGGCAGCAUCGCAGAGGAAAGCUGCUGUCGUCAUUUCCGGGAUCUUUGUUGCCCUGGCUGUUGUCCUCGCAUGCUGUCAUAGGGAGCGAGCAGCUGAGCUCUCCUCGGUUCCUCGUGGUUACAUGGACCCUCUUGCAUACCUCGCCUCUCAAUCCCAUCAGAGGUUUGUAGGCAGUGAAAGCGAAGCCAUCAAGAUGAUAGCCAACGACCAGAAGUUCCAGAUCCCUUGCGCGUUUGGAGUGCGUUGCCACAUCCAUGUUCCACCUACCUACCAGGAAAGAACGGGCGGCGCCUGGCUGGGAGAAGGGAGGGUGACGGGGCUUGUGCCUGUCCAGACUGACAAGGCUGAGGGUCCCUGGAACAAGGCAGAGGCGUCGGAUAUUCCACAUCCUGCCUACGUCUGGGGGAAUGUUGACCGAGCGACAAGCUUCGAACCGGAAGGGGCGGCAACGAAUGCCGAGUCGAGGAGACAUCGACCUGACGUUAAGGCACAGACCGCGCAGGCAUCACACCAGCCUGAGAGGAACGAGAGGGGGUCGACGGGGAGCGUGAAACAAGCUCGCUUGCACAGAGGUUCAGCGAGCAGCAGUGCAGGUCAAGAGGAGAAGGAGGGAGCACGUGCUGGCUCGGGGGGGAGGUUACCCUCAAAGUUUGACGAGGAAGAAGCGAAGAUCGAACAAUCCAAACAGCGGAUCAAGGAUAAGAUGGCCAAGUUGAUGUCUCAGUACGAUGCCUCUCUCACAGAGCCUGCCUAAGAGCACCCGAGUCUUCCUCUCCCUCCC